AUGGAGCACUUUGUGCGACAGUCGUGGAGCUUGCAAUGCCUGGUCAGCGCAACCUCGGGCCGCGUCGCUGCGGGCAGCCGAGGCUUAAUUCGAGUGGUGGGCGCACCGGACGAGAACACGCUGCUGCAGGCAAGCAUUCUUCCCAGUGAGCUGAUUGUGUGGGCCACCUGUGUUGGGCGGGGGGGUGGAGGCAGGCUGUCGUGUUUAGUGUCAGAGUUGUGCAAGAGGCGCUGGACACUGCAAGACUUGGUUCCCUCCCUGUCUGCCCAUCACUUUGAAGAAGCCGUGGGGCAACUAGAGCGGGGCCAGAAGCAACUGGCGUCCUUCUCUGCAUUCCUCAACACCUGGUCCAUGGAGAAGGAGACAGAACUUGGAAUUGGGGGCAAGCAAGCCGCCAGCUAUCCUCAGGACGAGUCUAUGAAGCAAGUAGAAUCGGGUGACAAUGAUGAAGCAAGAAGAUUCACAAGCGCUCUGCGGGGCAUGCCCGGCGACCGUCCCUCCAGUUCUCCUUGUAAGGAGUGCAUUUGCCAUGGGUGCGGGGUGGUGAUGUCAGCAGAUGGUAGCAGGGCGGGCGUCACAGAGCUGGGACAGGAAGCGAGCAAGAUGAUGCUCGGGGAUGCAGAGCGUCUGAACUUAAACGGUUGCGGUGGGCCGACGCCUGGAGACACGGCCAGCUGGCGCAUCCCCGUGUCUGUCGAGAUGCAGACAGUGGAAAUAAGUGGGGCCGGCGAAUACCCUCCUUCGAUCCCGUCCCCCACAGACUCUGCACCAAGCAGUGCAGUGCCGAAUGAGGAGGGGCUUACGGCCCAGCAGUUGCUGCUUGUCACGUUCUCGCGGGAGUCGCGCAAUGCGCAACUAGAGGCGGAGCUAGCCGCUGCCAGAACGAAGGUGGCGGAGCUGGAGGGCCAGGUGGCCACGCUGAAGGCGCACCACCAGUACACGCUGGACCUGCACCCGGACCUUAUAUUUGCCAAGGAUAAGCAGGGCCGCUUUGUGAUGUGCAACAAGGCCCUGGGGGAGCUGUACGACACGGCGCCCGCGAAGCUCAUCGGGGUUCUUCCUCACUCUGUGGUCCACGACCCCGCCAACCUGCCCAGCUACGCCGAAAUGGCGCGCGACGAGCGGCGGGUGCUGGAGGAGGGGGUGCAGUCCGAGAUCCCGGAGCGGUUGUUUGUGGACCCCCAGGGCCGCGAGCGCUGGUUCCGAGCGUUCAAGCAGCCAUACACGCUCCUCGACGGCUCGCAGGCUGUCCUGGGAAUAGCGACCAACAUCACGGAAGUCAAGGAUUCGCUGCGCGCGCUGCGGCACAGCGAGGCGCGGUACCGGACGCUGUUUGACGCUGCGGGCUUGGGCACUCUGAUGGUGGCUAUGUCGGAGUACCGGAUCAGCGAAUGCAGCAAGGGCACGUGUCACAUGCUGGGCUACCCCGAGGAGCGCAUCGUGGGCCACAAGUUCUGCGAGUUCAUUGCCGACGAGGACCUCAAGUCGGCGCUGACGUCAUGGGAGGCGUUUGCGCGGGGCGGCCACGGGGAGCGCUUCAAGCAGGAGCUGCGCUGCCGCAGGCACGACGGCAGCCUGCUCUGGACGCGCAUCACCAUCACCAUGUGCGUCUCCGAGGACCUGCCGGGGUACGCAGUGUUCCUGAUCGAGGACAUCCGCGAGAGCCGGCUGGUGCAGGAGCUGACGCUGGCCGCCGCGGAGCGGCUGCGCGCGGCCAAGGAGGCGGCGGAGGCGGCGAACCAGGCGAAGAGCCAGUUCCUGUCCAACUGCAGCCACGAGAUCCGCACGCCCAUGAACGGGGUCAUCGGCGUUGCGGAACUGUUGCUGGCCACGCAGCUGACGCCGGAGCAGAAGAUGUACGCGGAUACGAUCCGCAGCAGCGGCGAUUUCCUGCUCAACCUCAUCAACGACAUCCUCGACUUCGCCAAGAUCGAGGCGCGCAACAUCGGGCUGGAGAGCGUGCCGUUUGCGCUGCGCGAGGAGGUCGGGCAGUCGCUCGCGCUGCUGCAGAAGGGCGCGCGCGAGAAGGGCCUGCAGCUGAGCUGCCACGUCAGCGACGGCGUGCCCGGUCGCGUGGUGGGGGAUCCCCUGCGCCUGCGGCAGGUGCUGCUGAACCUGGUGGGGAACGCGCUCAAGUUCACGCACGCGGGCUCCAUCAAAGUCAACGUCAAAAUGGCCGACGAGAUGGACGACGACCCGCUCUCUCGCGGGUCCGGGGACGAGGUGGUCGCGGGAAGUGCGGCGGAGUCUCAGUCGGAUUGCACAGAAAAAGAAGGGGUGUGUUUAGAACGCGGCGGGGUUGGCGGCGCGCUCGACGAGCAACGUAGUGAUUGCAGCAGUAAUGGUGUGCACGGGGCUGAUGACCAAAGAAAGGCAGAACCUGGGGAGCGGAACGACCAUAGCAGUAACGGAUCACCUGGUUGUGGCGACGGGGCGACACAGAAUCGCGACAAUGGAAAUGAGGACGAUUGCCGGGGUCCAUCCGACGGUCUGACUGAUGAAUGCUCCAGCAGUGGUAGGAACGAAGCGGGCGAGUGCGGGAGCGAGCCGGGGAGCGAGGACGACGGCGGGUGCGGCAGCAGCGCGGGCAGCAGUCCGAUCUCGCCGCUGCGCGCGGGCCUGCCGGCGCGGCUGGUGCAGGUGGAGGUGCGGGACACCGGGAUCGGGGUGCCCGACGAGGCGCGCUCCAGGAUCUUCAAGGCGUUCAUGCAGGCAGACAGCUCCACCUCGCGGCGAUACGGCGGCACGGGACUGGGCCUGUGCAUCUGCCGUAGCAUCGUGGCUGAAAUGGGUGGCCGCAUUUGGAUGACCAGCAAGCUGGGUGCUGGCUCGUCCUUCUUCUUCACAGUGCGCCUCGCUGUGCUCGACCACGCGCCCGCGCGCCCGCAGGAAUCAAAGGGCACCAGCUCCCCGCGUGCUUUCAUCCCCGCUUCCCCGCUGCCGCCGCCCUCCAAGCCGCUCCUCGAGGCGACCACCCUGGCGGGCCUCCACGUACUGGUCGCCGAGGACAACCGCGUGAACCAGAUGGUGGCCGCCCGCAUCUUGCGCAGCCUGGGCUGCACCUUCGAGCUGGUGGACGACGGUCACAAGGCCGCCGCGGCCGCGCGCCGCGGCCGCUUCGCGGUCAUCCUCAUGGACUGCCACAUGCCGGACAUGGACGGGUUUGAGGCGACGCGCCUGAUCCGAGCGGAGGAGCACUGGCGCGGGCGGCGCCACCUCAUCGUGGCGCUCACGGCGUCCGCGCUCGAGGAGGACCAGCGCAAGUGCGCCAAAGCAGGGAUGGACUCGUUCCUGAGCAAGUCGGUGCGUCCAAAUGAUAUCCGGGCGGCAAUUGAGGCGCACCUCCGACCGGCCCCGCAGUAG